AUGCCUCUACCAACAUCUCACUCCUACUUUGAUGGAUUGUCAACUUUCAAAGUUGGAUCCUUCAUUGGGCUGGCAGCCAAGAAAAGUGCUAAUGCACUUGCAGCAAGGGCCUGCAAUAUUUUUUUUGCCUUGGUGGAUUUAAGCAGUAGUUCUUCCAUUGCUUGUGAUCAGACAAUUACCUCCCACAUAACACUUGACCAAUAUGGACUGUCUACAACCUGGUACAUACUAAAGAAGAGGUUUGAUCGUGGUUCAUAUGGUGAAGUUUGGCUGGCUUUUCAUUGGAAUUGUUCCCGAGGCAGCAAUGCUUCGACUUUGAGUAUGAAAGAAAAAGAUCUUACAUCUAACACUAUGCAUCUUGGCGUAUGUGAUGAAAAUUUUCCAACAAACUCAUCUGCUUAUGAUAUUAAUGCUGGCGCUCCUGAUGACCACAUGUUCAUUUUGAAGCGUAUAAUGGACGCCAAUAAUGAGAUGUGUUGA